AUGUCUACCAAGAAUAUCGAUAUUCGACCGGACUUCAGCAUCCCCACUCCCCGCCUCCACAUCUCCUACUUCAUCCCCAACAAUCCAGCCCACCCCGCCUUUCUCGCCCACCUCUGGAACACCCCCGAAUACAUCGCCUCGUCUGGCAAAACCUCCAUCAUCGAUUCCCCUUCCGCACAAAGAUACCUCGAGAACCGGGUCACCCCGCACUAUGUCCGCCAAUACGGCCUGAUGCUCGUCAGCCUGAAACCCCACCCCGACGCCACCUUAGAAGAAAGCACCCCCAUCGGCACCGUCAGCCUAUGGCAGGGCGAACCUCCAAACUGCUAUGGUGCCCCAGACGUGGGGUUCUGCAUUCUACCAGAGCAUCAGAAGCAAGGCUAUGCGACCGAGGCUGCGAAGGGGUUGAUCGAGCGCGCGCGACACGAUUGGGGCGUGGACGGGGUAUUUGGGUUUUGUUCUCCAAAGAAUGCGACGAGUCGCAGAGUGUUGGAGAAGAUUGGGUUGGAGAACAGAGGGGUGCGGAAUUUGCGAGUAUUUGGGGGAGAGGAGAGUGUGGUUUUUACAUUUCCGGGGAUGGCGGAGGAUUUGAUGGUUUAUGGGGUUGAUCCGUGA